GUCCCCCACUAAACGGUCGCCAUUUUUAUUUUCUGGCAAAACGAAUUAGUUCGUUGAGGUUGUGUGAUUAUCGUCAUAUAUAUAUAUAUAUUUUUUUUUCGUUUUUAUUAAUAUUAAAAUAAAAAUAUAUAAUAAAAGAAAAAUAGAAAGUUUUGUGUGUGCUUUGUUGUUUUUUUUUUUGGUGAAAAAAAAGAAAGAAAAAUUGAAAUUUAUCAUAAAUGAAGAUGGUAGAUAAAAUUGAAAUGAGCCUCGACGAUAUUAUAAAGCAAAAUAAAGGUGGAAGAAGCCGUGGCGGCGUUGGUGGACGACGUGGAAGAGGUAUUACCGGCGGUUCACCCCGUAGAGGAGCCCGUGGUGCCCAAAGAGCUGGCGGUGGCGUCAUGAGAGGACGUAAUCGCGGUGGAAUCGUACGAAAUUCACUUCCCUACACAAGAGGCGAUGUGAAUCUUGCAUGGAAACAUGAUAUGUUUGAUGGAGUGAAAAAAGUCGGUCGCGGCCUGAUUGGCAGCUCUGGAACCACCAAACUUUUGGUAUCCAAUCUCGAUUUUGGAGUUUCCGAUUCAGAUAUACAGGAACUUUUCAGUGAAUUUGGUCCGCUAAAAUCGGCUGCAGUUCAUUAUGAUAGAUCUGGUCGUUCUUUGGGCUCAGCCGAUGUUAUUUUCGAAAGAAGGGCAGACGCAAUUAAAGCCAUGAAACAAUACAAUGGAGUUCCUCUUGAUGGUCGUGAGAUGAAUAUUCAAGUGGCAACUUCAGAGAUUCCAGUUCCACAGACAAUUCGCAAUACAUCGAGAAUUGGAGGCGGCAAUUUUCCACAAAGAUCACAACAACGUUUCCGAGGAAGUCGAGGAAGCGGACCCACCAGAGGUCGAGGAGGCGGUGGAGCGGGACGCAGAGGUGGAAGAGGCGGUAAUCGCACAGCGACAAAAACCCCAACAGCCGAGGAACUUGACGCCGAAUUGGAAGCUUACGUUAAAGAAGUAAAGUAACGUAAAAUCGUAACAAAAAAAAAAAAAUAAUAAUAAUAAA